UCUUCCCUUCGCUGUCGUUCAGUCAGUGACGUGGAUCUUCAUAGAGGCAGUCAGAAAUCACUUACUACUGUCUUACUUACGUUUCAGAGCCUUUCCACUAACUUUCUCCACCUUUAGGAGUUGGGACCACUCAUUUCACUUCCUUCGUGUGUCACAGUUGUGUCACCGCUUUUAUAACAGCCUCCAUAAUGAGUAAAAACAGCAAAGUGUUGAACCUGAAGGAUAAAAUCAAUGGGAAUGAGGUGGACCUGAGCCUGUGUAACCUCACCGAGGUGCCUGUCAGAGAGCUGGCUUUAUUCACCAAAGCAACUGUAGUGGACUUGUCUUGCAACAACAUUACAUCCCUUCCUCCAGAGUUCUGCAACCUCACCCACCUGGUGAAGGUGGAUCUGAGUAAAAAUCAGCUGACCUGUCUGCCAGAUGACCUGGGGAACCUGACCAGCCUUCAGCAUCUGGACCUGUACAACAACAAGCUGACUGUCCUGCCUGUCAGCUUCUCUCAGCUCAGGAGUUUGAAGUGGUGCGAUCUGAAGGAUAACCCGCUGGAGGCUGAAUUGGCCAAGGCAGCAGGAGACUGUCUGGACGAGAAGCAGUGCAAACAGUGUGCCUCCAAGGUCCUGCAGCACAUGAGAGAACUUCAGGAUGAGGUCGAUCGUGCACGAGAGAAACGCCUUUUGAGGGAAAAAGGGCUGGAGAGGAAGAGGGAGGUGAAGCAGAAGGAUCGGGAGGCCAAAGAAAAGGAGGCUCGUAAACGGGAGAAGGCGGAGGAGAAAGAGAAGAGGAGGAAAGAGUACAACGCUCAGAAGGCGGCCAUGGCUGCAACAGAACAACAGAAGAAGAAGAACGAGGAGAAGAAGAAAAAGAACGGACUAGCAGCAGAUAAAAAAGCUGCUGAGAAAACAGCGCCCAAACCCAGACGUUCUCUGAUUGGCCUGGUGUUCAAGCUCCUCCUCCUGCUGCUGACGGGAUUGGCUGGAGUCGCAGCCGCCUGCCGCCUGACCGACCUGAAGAAGGAAGCCAUGUGCGUGCCGGUCAACGUCGCUGUGGACGACGGCCUAUCCUGGGCCAAAGAGCAGGAGGGCGUGGUCCGGCAGCUGGUGCAGAAUCUGUCCUCUGCAGCAAAGGAGUUUCUUGAAUCAACACAAGCAUCUAAGAACUAAACUCUCCUCUGCCACCAUCAACUCACAGAGCUGCAGGGUUUCCUCUCCCAUCUGUGAAUCCUGGGAUUUUUUUGUACAUGCUCAAUAUCAUUAAGAUGUGCAACCCUGCAUCCCCUCACCCUGUUUGGUGUGUUGGGAGGUUCAGAUAGACAAAAGGGGGAUGGACACGUGAUGAAAUCGUCUUAAAUUCCUAUGGAAUUGUUGUCAUUCUUGUACCCUCUUUGUACUACAGCCUGUUUUUGUAAAAAAAAACGUACAGCGAAUGUCAGGCGACCCUGUCUGUGCUGCACUGGAGUGCCGGGUCACAUGAUAGCUGCCAGUCAGAGUAGUGCAUGAGCUGGUGUUACACGUGGCCGUCUGAGCAUGUGCAGUGGAAGCUUUCUGUGGCCUCCUCUGUUUUUUAAAGGCUAAAAUCAGUUCAACCCGAUCACACAGCUUUCACAAUGGGCCUCAUGCACAAACCAAAAACACAAAAAUUCUGUUUUUAUUUUGUAUCCAUGAUUAGUUUUUAUUUAGUUAGUACCCAAUGAUUUCCGAAAUUCGACAAUUUGAGAGCGAUCUAAAACAAGAUAAGAAAAAAUUGAUUGAUUUUUAUUUUUUUUAUUUUUAAGUAAUUAUAAUAUCAUUGAUUCAACCCAGACUUCAGAAACCCUUUGGAUUAUGAUAUUUGCAUUUGUUUAUAAUACUGUCAACUUUCUUCAAGUAAAAUGUUCAUUUAACAGUACCUUGUACCGCCUUGCUUUGGUAGGAUCUCUAACUGUUGGGCGUGUGCCAGAGUAUUUGCACACGUCACAACAACUGCCCUUAUGGUGGGCGUUACCUAUGCUAAGAAUAUGAAAUUGGCAGCACGCCUAAAUCAUGAUCGAGUGGGAUUCAUUAUUCAGCGCAUCUAAGUACAAUCGGAUUUGGAUGGUUAGGAAUGUGUUUUUCCUAUGGAGUUUUUUUCCUCUUAACAGAAAUUAGUGUUGAUGCGUGAGACCAAAUGUGACUGAUUCAUGAGCCUUUAAUCAUGACAGUAUUACAGCAUAUGAGUGAAUAACGGCCAAUUUACAGCAGUACAACAAUUCAAAAAUAUAUGUUUGAGGUCAUUUAGACACAGUGUUGUCAGCAAUUUACAAUUAUUCUCAAUAUUAUUUAAUCUGCAGAUUAUUUGCUUGAUUUAUUAUUUGGUUAUCAAGAUUUCUUUAAUGUUUUAAGUUUUCGAUAUAAAAAUAAAAGCAACAUUUUUGGCAGGCUGCAUCUGCUGCUGUGCUUCUUGUACAGCUUUGUCCAUGCUCUCAAACAUUGUCCUCGAUAAUAAAUGGCUAUGCACUGCAACAAA